UGAUAAAUAUUCAUUCUGAAUCUUUAUUUCAAAUCAAUAAAAUAUUUUUUUCACCAUAAUAUUCAUUCUGAACCGUGAGUACAUUUUAAAAAGGAUUCCAAUUAAAAGAAAUUACUCCGUAUCUGGACAUAUAAAAACCAAUUUUUAUGGCCCAUAAAUGAUACCCAAUAUCAAGUUUUGGUGGCCUGUUGGAUGCCAAGUUUUGGGCGGGAAACUGGUUUUCUCUUUCUCCUCUUCUUCUUCGAUUGAAUCCUCUAUUUCCCAAAUUUUGCAGAAAUUUGUUUGCUGGCCAAGGAAGCUCUAAAGCAUGGAGGUGCAGAAUACAGAUACCGCGACGACCCCACUCUCGUGUCCAAGGACGGUGACAGUUCGCCGGAACCCUCGCCGCCGCGUUCGGGAUACGCCAUUGACGAACAUCCCGCUAUCACUCCCCAAGCCAAGCCCAGUUCAUCGCGACAACAUUCCCGCUUUCCCCGUUCAAGAGAUUCUGUCGAUUGACGUUGAAGAACAGCCGAAGAUUGACCCAGUAAUUUCAGAAGAAUGCCUUCCCGAGAAUCUCAAGGUCUAUUUGAGAAUCCGGCCGGCGGUUAUUCAGAACCAUGCCGGAAAAAGGGCGAAGGCUGGAGCUGGAACUUUACACGCGAAGAAUGUUUGGCCAAAAAACCCUAGAGAAAAGACCAUUUCGGAGAAGAAGCUAAAAUCGCCCAGAAAAGUUUGCUUAGUGGCGAACGAUUCACACUCAGUUACGCUCGUACCGCCAGCGAAAUUGCAAGACAGCAAGCGCACGAAAUCAGAGGUUUAUGAAGGGUUCUCUCACGUAUUCUCUCCCGAGGCUUCUCAGAGGCAAGUAUAUGAGAAAAUGGUUAAUCCUCUGGUUGAUGAUCUUCUUCGUGGAAAGAGUGGGAUGCUGGCUGCUUUAGGCCCAAGUGGCUCUGGGAAAACCCACACAAUAUUUGGAUCUGGGAAGGACCCGGGUAUGGUCACACUUGCACUUCGGCAACUGUUCUCGGAAGAAAAUGACGGGAGGACUAUAUCAUCAAGGAUUUUCCACCUCUCAAUGUUUGAAAUUAGUUCGGAGAAAGGGAAGUCUGAAAAGAUUAUUGAUUUAUCACUGGAUGGUACUGAUUUAUGCACUCAACAUACAUCUAUUAGAGGCGUGCAAGAGACCAAAGUUAGUGACAUACAGCAAGCUGAAUCCAUAAUAGGCAAUGGAUUGUUAAGGCGUGCAACAGCCAUGACCAAUUCCAAUAGUCAGUCUAGUCGGUCUCAGUGCAUAAUAAACAUUCGCUGUGGUCACGAAAAGGGCGAUGGGGAAGUUGGUGAACAUUCAAAUGGCUCUACCUUGACAAUAGUCGACCUUGCUGGGGCGGAGAGGGAAAAAAAGACUGGAAAUCAGGGGGCUAGGUUGCUUGAAAGUAAUUUUAUCAACAACACUUCAAUGGUGUUUGGCCAGUGUUUGAGGUCUUUACUGGAACAUCAGAAGAACCCCAAAAAGCCAUUGCAUAAACAUUUCCAAAAUUCCCUGUUGACAAGAUACUUGAGAGAUUAUUUGGAGGGAAAGAAGCGGAUGGCGUUGCUUAUUACUGCUAGAUCUGAGGAAGAAGACUAUAUUGAUACUUCUUUUCUGCUUAGGCAGGCUUCACCAUACACAAAGAUAAAGUUUGACUGCAACGAAGAAGCAGUAAAUUUAAACUGCAAUAAAAGGCUUCGACAGACACUGCCCAUAUCAAACCAACACAAAAGAAUUAAGAUGGGUGAUAUCGAAUCUUGCAAGUCUGGUGGAAAAAAGAAGAAACAAGAUUUCUCACUUUCAAAAGAAGAACCUGCCAUUGGAGGCGUUGAGGAAAACAAGUUGGCAAAAGUCAAUGAGAGCUCUUCUCCUAUAGUGUGUCAAACUAAUACUAAAGCAAGAGAUAGAGAAUAUCAUGUCUUACUUGGGGUUUCUAAGGCAAUAUGGAAAGUAUUAAAGGACUAUAAGAAAAAGCUUGAGGUUGCUGAUAAUGAAAUAUACAGCCUUAGGGUGGAACUGAAGGAAUUAAAAGAUCGGCAUUCGUCUAAAAGUAUUGCUACAUCUAUGAUGUUUCCCCCUGAAGAUUGUCAAUCAGUUGAAACGUGGAAGGAUGAUUCAGAACGUUCUUCAUGUCAGCUACCAUCAUCCGAGCAGAGUGGAAAUGAGGAGAUAUGCCAUGAAAAUGAUUCUGAAAAUGAAGACUGCACUCUAAAACACGAAUUUAAGGAUGAUUCAAAAAGCCCACUAACAUAUCUUAUUGAUCAUCGUGUAAAGUCUCAUGAAGAUCCAAAGUUAGAAGAUGCUAUAGUGGAGGAUUCUUCUUUGGAAUGCGAAGCACGUGGAAUCAUUGUAGAUUCGUGCCAGUGCGCAGAUCAGGAUAAUGAAAAUCACAAAGAAAGAACAGAUUCAAUAUGUGUAGAAUCAGAACCCACUUCCAACUCUCCCCUGUCAUCUCACAGCUUAAACCAGCCACAACAUGACGACGAAAAGAGGCACGUGCAUACCACAUCACCAAAACCUGAAGAUGUUGGGACAUGCAAUGCAUUAGAAGCUGUACCGAAACACACUUGUGGCUUUCCCAAAAAUGCCGAGAAACCUAAAAGGAGACUCCAGCCAGCUUCGGCCAUCCUACUAAAAGAUAUUGGCAGUGUAGUUGACUUUGUGGAUGAGACUGAGAAGGUGAAGGGUGCUAAAGGAGAAAAGAAAGCAGCAACCCAUGUGAAGAAGAUGAAUAUUAGUAAUGGCAGCUUAUCUCUUCUUCGUUUGCUAACUAACCAAACUCGUUAGCUUUAAAAAUGGGUAAUUCUGUUUUGUCCUUCCAAGAAUCCAAGUUUAUACAAACCCACAUUGUAAAUCUGUAAUUCAUUGAGGGAUGCUACAUACCAGCCAUCCCUAUACUCUUGUGCUCACAACUCUUGUUAUAUUAUUAGAGCCGUUGGCACUUUACCUAGUAUCAAAAGAAGACACCUACCUAUUUCGAGCACCUCACGUGCUCUGUAUCCAAAAUU